AUGAAGGUGUACAUGCGUGCACAGGGCUUGUGGUAUGCCAUUGAGCCUAUUGAUCCGAAUGAGGAGAUAGAGACGCGGAAGGAUCAGAUGGCCCUUGCUGCCAUCUAUCAAGGUAUUAGCGAGGAGACACUCCUUGUGUUGGCUGAGAAGGAGACCGCCAAGGAGGCAUGGGAGAUGUUGAAGACAAUGCACAUGGGCGGCCGAGCGUCGAGGAGGCAAAGAUCCAAACUACGAAUCAACAAAAUUCGUGCAUUGGGCGACAAGGUGGAGGAGGCCUAUGUCAUCAAGAAGCUCCUUCGUGUUGUCCCUUCCAAGUUUAUUCAGAUUGCAUCGACGAUUGAGCAGUUCGGCAAUGUCCAUACGAUGACCGUGGAGGAGGUCAUCGGGUCGCUUAAAGCCCAUGAAGAACGAUUACGGGGUUACGAGGAUGAGAAAGAAGAACACAUCCUAUUGACAAAGACCGAAUGGAAGAUAAGAGAAGAAAGUGAAGGUACGUCGAACUCGUUGAGAGGACGAGGAGGAAACAACUGGCGUGGCCGUGGGCGUGGACGCGGAAACAGUGAUGAUAGAAGUGGAAAUGAAGGCACUCAUCAAGAGAAGAAGUUUGACAAGACCAAGAUGAAAUACUAUAAUUGUCAUUAUUUUUGUCAUUAUGCCUAUGAGUGCAGAUCCAAGAAGAAGGAUGAGGAAGCCUAUUUUGUGGAGAAACAAGAUGAUAAUGAUGAUGAGCCGACGCUACUCAUGACAACCCAUCUUGUGGAGAAACAAGAUAAUGAUGAUGAGUCGACACUACUCAUGACAGAAGUAUGUGAGCGCUUGCAAGACAUGAAGCAUGCGGCAGAGGAGAUCAUAUUGCAUGAGAUGAACAUCAAGCCUAGUGUUAGAACUAAGGAAAUAGUGUAUGGGAACAACUUGUGGUAUCUUGACUUGGGUGCAAGUAACCACAUGACUGGGAGCCGAAGCCAAUUCUCAAAGUUGGACGAGACAAUAGUUGGAAGAGUCAAGUUCGGUGAUGAUUCCAUCAUAAACAUCCAAGGAAAAUGCACUGUAAUGUUUCAGUGUCAAAAUGGUGAGCAUCGUCUUCUCACAGAUGUUUACUUCAUACCUACUUUGCGCAGCAAUAUUGUGAGUUUGGGUCAACUUGAUGAGCAUGGAUGCGAGUCGGUGAUUAAAGGAGGAUACUUAGGUGGAAGGCUGUUCACAAGGGUGAAGAGAUGA